GCGUCCCCCUCUCCCCCCUCCGAGCGAAUCCUCUAUUGAUCCUUCCUCUCUCUCCCCCCCUCUCUCUGCGUGUCCACCUCUCAGUCUCUCUCUCCGGUGCUUUCUGUCGGUGCACGAGGAACUCCGGUCAGUUUCUCGUCUCUGUGACUCACGGCUGCCGAGGAUGGACGCCCGGAUCUUCACCCUGCAUGUCCUGACGCUCUGCUGCCUCAUUCACGGCUCCCUGCAGGGUGUGUAUCAGCGGCGUCUCUACAAGGAGCUGAUGAGGAAUUACAACCCGUUAGAGCGACCGGUCAGCAACGACUCCCACAGCCUGACCGUCCACUUCAGCUUCAGCCUGCUGCAGAUCAUGGACGUGGAUGAGAAGAACCAGGUGCUGACCACCAACAUCUGGCUACAGCUGUACUGGACAGAUUUCUACCUGCAGUGGAACGUGUCCGACUAUCCAGGAGUGGCCAACGUUAGAUUCCCCGACAGCCAGAUCUGGAGGCCCGACAUCCUGCUGUACAACAGUGCUGAUGAAAGGUUCGACGCCUCCUUUCACACCAACAUCCUGGUCAACUCCACCGGCUACUGCCAGUACCUGCCACCAGGUAUUUUUAAGAGCACCUGCUACAUCGACGUUCGCUGGUUUCCGUUCGACGUGCAGCGCUGCGACCUGAAAUUCGGCUCGUGGACGUACGGCGGCUGGUCUCUGGACCUGCAGAUGAUCGAGGCUGAUGUCACCGGGUACAUCGCCAACGGAGAGUGGGACCUCGUUGAGGUUCCUGGACGGAGGAACGAGCGUUUCUACGACUGCUGUAAGGAGCCGUACCCUGACGUGACCUUCACCGUGGUGAUGAGGAGGAGGACGCUCUACUACGGGCUCAACCUCCUCAUUCCCUGCGUCCUCAUCUCCACCCUCGCACUCCUCGUCUUCCUGCUGCCCGCCGACUCUGGAGAGAAGAUCUCCCUGGGUAUCACGGUGUUGCUUUCUCUGACAGUCUUCAUGCUGCUGGUAGCUGAGAUCAUGCCGGCAACAUCUGACUCUGUUCCUCUCAUAGCUCAGUACUUUGCAACCACCAUGGUGAUCGUGGGUCUGUCGGUCAUCGCUACAGUUCUGGUUCUGCAGUAUCAUCACCACGACCCUGACGGAGGACACAUGCCACAAUGGACCCGUGUGAUUCUGUUGAACUGGUGCGCCUGGUUCCUGCGGAUGCGGCGUCCUGGUGAGGCAAAGGUCCGUCUGGCGUGCCACAAUGCCGCCAAGCGCCGUCGCGGCAGCCUGUCCAGCCUGGAGCUCAGCGUCAGCCAGGGGUCUCUGCGACACCCCCCGCAGGUGACCAACGGGAACCUCCUGUACGUCGGCUUCCGGGGCAUGGAGGGACUGCACUACGCCUCACCCGCCGAACCCGAGCUCCUCUGUUCACGGCUGGUGGGAAGCGGCUUGGCCGGGGAGGAGGACGUGGUGAGAGCAGGGGGCGGAGCCAGAGGACGAGGCGGAGGAGCGGCAGGGGGCUCCACUCUAGAGGCAGAACUGAACCAGAUCCUGGAGGAGGUGAGGUACAUUGCCAGCCGUUUCCGUGGCCUGGAUGAGGAGGAGACGGUCUGCAGCGAGUGGAAGUUUGCCGCAGCGGUGAUCGACCGGUUGUGUCUGGUUGCGUUCUCACUCUUCACCAUCCUGUGCACCAUCGGUAUCCUCAUGUCGGCUCCCAACUUUGUUGAGGCCAUUUCCAAAGAUUUCUUCAACUGAGGAGGUGGAGACCCUGAGAUCAGCUGUCUUUUUAUAUUACUGUCAACAAAUCCCAUGUACAGACCCAAAGCAACAACAUCUGUCCCUCAGCAGUGUGACUUCCUGUCUGUGGCUCUCAGCCCCGAGCCCAUUGGUUCCUACUGAAUAUAUAGUUUCAUUUUUAAUGUUUUAUCUUUGUCGUACACGACUACUAGCCUGGUUCCAGACCUUUUAAUCGUUCCCCACUUCCUUUUUGUCAGUGAUUCAGUUAUGUUUGGUAUUGUUCUCAGUGAUGGUCGUUUCCCUGCGCUGGAAAAGCAGUUGAGGCAGACAGAGUUGUAAAGGGAAAUAUACUUUAUGGACCCUCCCAACAAACGCAGGGGUGUUGUAGAUCAAUGGCAAGUUGGAAUAGAUAAUCGGCCCAAAUGAUCCUGUAGUGUGAGGGGUUUAUGGAUGUAAUCUUAAAGGAGACCAAUUAAACUGCUUUUCCAGUCCUA